CCAAAUUUAGUAAAACAUUUUCUUUAGUCAUGUUUCUUCAUGUGCCAGUAAGUCCUUUUGGCAUACUCUUCUGCAACAACAUCUUUUAUACUCGAGCAAAGUAUGUUGCCUCAAAAGCAAACCUGUUCUGAUCACUCCGAUCCAUACCAUCUUCAAGGCAAUCGAAAAAAGAACCGUAGAGUGAUAAUGGUUUCUGUAAGGGUAGUCCCGAUUAUUGCUGACUUAAGCAUCGGAGUGUCUACCUCGAGAAUCCAUCUCGGGGCUUUGUCAGCCCGAGGUGGAAACUCGUCUCAGCCUCUUGGACGAGGUCAGGUCCCCAGCAACCUUCCACCUCAUCCUCCACCCCCAAUCCCAAAUACAUUCCCUCCUGUUGAUCAUACAGAAGGAGAAGACGAAAAUCAACCACACAAUUCGGUUAGCAACUCAGCCUCUACUGCUAACCAAGACGUAGUUGCAACUCAGCUUGCUGCCAUGCAACAGCAGUUUGGUGUCUUUCAGCAAGUGCUGGCUCAGUUGUUAGCCCGGAACAAUCCUGGUGAUCCACUCAUCAAUCUACUUAAUCCUGCCCCACCACAACCUCCAGCCCCACCACAAAAUCCUGAACCAGUUCAACGUGCUCCCGCUGUUAGUGAAUCUCAGGGCCAAUCUCACAUUGCACCAGUUCAGCAACCUCCUCAUGAUGAUGUCACUCGACGUCUAGAUAGCUUAGAAAGCCUAGUGGUUGAACAGCGAGGUGCCCCACCUCCAUACCCUGCUGUUGACUCCGUACCGCACCCUCUCAAUACCAAUAUUAAUUUUAUGAGCAGAUUCAAUGAUGCAGUGCUAGAGGUUAAUUCUUUCGACCAAGCUGUGGGAAUUACAGCGGUGAUCUCGGGUCUUGGCCAUGAGAGGUUCCGAGAUAGUUUGCUCAAACAUCUUGCCAACACCUUUAGCGAGGUAAAUGAUAGAUCGUUGAAAUUCAUAACUGCUGAGGAAUAUACCCUGUCGCAGAACCUAACUCCUACUAAGAGCCAACACCCGGACUGGAGAGAUGAGAAUCCGAACAGGAAACGGAUGAAGACAACACAGAACCGAGGUCCGAUGUCGACCCCAAGAUUCGGAAGGCCGAACUCAGCACCUCCGCAACAACCUGCAGGUAAAACUCCAGUUAAUUGGACUGCUUUUAAUUUACCGAGGUCACAAAUCUUUAUGCAGAUUAAGAAUAAGAUGGACUUAAGACGUCUGGGUCCAAUGAGAACUGCUGCUGCUACCAGAGACCAUACUAGGUACUGUGAUUUUCAUCAGGAUCACGGUCAUACAACAGAGCAAUGUAAUAGUCUGAGGUCCGAACUGGAAAGUCUGGUACAGAAAGGAAUGUUGAAUGAGUACAUCCAGAGAGUGGAACAGCCAAGGUUUGUCAGAGAACAAGGGUCACAGCAUCAAGCAAUCCGCAAUCCCCUAAACAGACAAGGUGUGGGAUAUCAGCAAGCCCCACCCCCACUCCCACCACCAGCUAGAGUAAUACACAUGAUUACGGGAGGUCUGGAAGCCGGUGGACUGAGCUCUAAGCAGCGAAAGCUGUAUGUCAGAGAGGUUAAGCACCAGAAUCGAGCUCAGAAGCGAAAAUUUGAUGAUGCUGAGUGGAAGAAUCAACCCAUCACUUUCACAUUUGCUGAUCUCGAAACAGUUGUCACACCUCACAAUGAUCCUCUAGUUACUUUUGUCACGAUCAACAAUUGUGAAGUACAGCGUGUCCUUGUUGACACAGGGAGUGCACCAGACAUCAUGUACUUCCAUUGUUUUGAGAGUCUUGGGUUAGAUCCCGCUCUGUUGCAGCGGUAUGAUGGCCCCAUUUACGGGUUUAACAACCAACCAGUUCCAGUUGAAGGAGUCCUCACUAUAAAUGUUGCAUUUGGUAGUGGCCGAAGUUAUGUGACCCCCUCAGUCAGGUUUUUGGUAGUCAAGAUGGCGUCCUCAUUCAAUGUCGUCAUUGGUCGACCCACACUGACUGAAAUUCGAGCUGUGAAGGGCAAGACUCAAACACCCGAGGUUGAUCCCAAACGGAUUCUUGAUGAUCGGCAAGUUAUGGGUGUUGAGAUAGUAGAUAACCGACCAGAAGAUGAAACCAGAGCUGCUCCAGUCGAAGAUGUAGAAAAGGUGCAGAUUGAUGACAGAGAUCUGCGCCAGAAAACGCAAAUUGGGACUAAAUUGAACCCAGAGGAAAGAGCAGAGCUAAUAGCUUUUCUUCGGGCCAAUAAAGAUGUUUUUGCAUGGACUUCAGCAGACAUGCCGGGAAUUCCCACUUUAGUUUUUCAACAUAAACUCAGCACCAAUCCCCUCAAGAAACCAGUAGCCCAGAAGCGACGCCUCUUUGGGGGGGAAAGGUUACAGGUCAUUAAAGAAGAAGUUGAGAAACUCCUACAAGCUGGUUUUGUCAGAAGGGUCGAUUACUGCGAGUGGGUCGCCAAUCCGGUGUUGGUGAAAAAAGCAAACGGUAAAUGGCGGAUGUGCAUUGAUUACACUAACCUCAACGAUGCAUGUCCAAAGGAUUGUUAUCCAAUGCCAAACAUUGAUAAGCUGGUUGAGGCAGUUUUGGGGAAUGAGAGAUUAAGUCUCUUGGAUGCAUACUCAGGCUACCACCAAGUUCCAAUGGCUCCUGAGGAUGAAGAAAAAACCUCGUUUUAUGCUGGUGAUGAGAUUUAUUGCUAUGUAAUGAUGCCCUUCGGCUUGAAGAAUGCAGGCGCCACUUACCAGAAGAUGGUUACCAUCGUAUUCCGAGCUCAAAUAGGACGGAAUCUGGAAGUUUAUGUUGAUGAUAUAGUGGUGAAGAGUUUGAAAGCUGACGAUCACUUAAUCGAUCUUGAGGAGACAUUCAACAAUCUUAGACAGAAUAGAAUGAGAGAGGGAUUGAGGUCAACCCAGAGAAGAUCAGAGCAAUUGCCGAGAUGGAACCGCCGAAGUCAAUGAAGGACAUACAGAGGUUGACUGGAAGGGUAGCAGCUCUUCAUCGGUUCAUAUCGAA